AUGGCAACAGCUAUGCAAGGCCUCCGCUCAACAGCUAAGAGCUGUGUGUGCAUUCAGAAGCAAUAUCUAUACUCAAUUGGUUUUGGGUCAGGCAGGGCAUUCUCAAUGACAGCUCAACGACCCAAUAUUCGAGCCGCGGAAUCGAGAAACAGCAACGAUCCCAGGGUGAAGGAGUUACUGGAGAAAAAUCAAAGGCUUGGACUGGCGGUGCGAAAUGAGGAUAGGAACGGUGAAGAGUUCGACGAGAUCCACCGAAGGAUCGAUGCGAUACUUGCUACGCAUGAACCUUUACGACAGCGGAAGAAGUUAAAGGAGAGUUUCAUGAAUAUGGGAGAGGUAGAACCGUGGGAGGACGAGUAUACAAUGCAGGACGACGACGACGAUAUGAAUUCUUUGGCGCACGGAGAGUUGGAGCAGCACCGGGAGAUGAGACAUUAUGCCCGUUUGGUUGCAUGGGAGAUGCCACUGCUUUCAAAACUGGCAAAGCCAUUUAAACCGCCGACUAGAGACAUGCCCCUGCGAUUCAGGUAUACGACCUACAUGGGCGAGCACCAUCCAGCAGAGAAGAAAGUCGUCCUCGAGUUCUCUCCGGCAGACAUGCCAGGCUUGACGAAGGUGCAAGCGGACAAGCUCCGGAAGCUGGUGGGUGUAAGAUACAACCCGGAGAAGGAUAUCGUCAAGAUGAGCUGCGAAAUGUUCGAGACCCAGGCUCAAAACAAGCGAUACCUUGGAGAUAUCGUUGACACGCUGCUCAAGGAAGCCAAAGAUCCAACAGACACAUUCGAGGAUAUCCCACUUGACACACGGCAUCACCCUGUCAAGCCAAAGCCACAAUUUCCAAAAGAGUGGGCGGUGACUGAAACGCGGCGGCAGGAGUUGAUCAAAUACCGUCAAGCGAUGAUGUUGAAGGACCAGGAACGAGAAAUCACAGGCCAGCUGAUAGAUGGCAUCAGGCAGAUCCAAGAGGGAUUGAGCAGGCCCGUGGAUACGGGGGCUCGACUGCCUCAACCAGACCUGGCGGUGAAAAGGGGAAAGAAGGUGGGAGUCAGGAGGUGA